GCUGGUGUGUGGCAAGGAUCAGGUUGCUCAGAGAGGGGACUCGGUGCUUCUUUCUGGCUGGGGAUAGCAGGAGGGUUGGAGGAUCCUUGUACCCCUGAGCCAGAAUCUUCAUUCUACAAAAGGUCGCCUGUUUGUUGUUGGCAAGUAGUCACAGAACUACCACUGGACUCUGGAAAUGGCUAGCCCUGCUCUAGAUCUACAAGACAUUGCACAGCCACAGGAGUCACCCCCUGAUUCGGCGUGCAAGGAGGCUCAGAAGUGGAUCGAGCAAGUAACUGGCAGAAGUUUUGGUGACAAAGACUUCAGAACUGGGCUGGAAAAUGGAAUCCUUCUGUGCGAGCUACUGAAUGCCAUUAAACCAGGCCUUGUGAAAAAGAUCAACAGGCUUCCAACACCUAUUGCAGGUUUGGAUAACCUAACUUUAUUUUUACGGGGCUGCAAAGAACUUGGAUUGAAAGAAUCACAGCUUUUUGAUCCAGGUGACCUACAGGACACAUCCAACAGAACCACACUGCGGACUUCAGAUUGCAGCAGGAAGCUGAGAAACGUACUGGUCACUGUUUACUGGCUUGGCAAAGUUGCAAACAGCUGUUCUUCAUAUGAUGGAAAAAAUUUGGACUUGAAAGAGUUUGAAGGAUUGUUGGCACAAAUGAGAAAGGAAAAUGAAGAAAUUGAGAGUCCCAAACGCAGCAUUCGGGACAGCGGUUAUAUAGACUGCUGGGAUUCAGAGAGAAGCGAUUCCCUCUCUCCCCCCAGACAUGGCAGAGAUGACUCCUUCGAUAGUUUGGAUUCCUUUGGUUCCCGCUCGCAGCAGACACCUUCUCCAGAUGUUGUGCUGAGAGGAAGCAGUGAUGGGAGAGGAAGUGACUCUGAAUCUGAUGUGCCACACAGAAGAAUUCCAGAUGUCAGAAAAGAUGAUAUGUCAGCCAGACGAGUUUCUUUUGGUGAAAAUAAAGCAUUUGUGCCUUUUAACCAAUACCUCCCUAACAAAGGCAACCACACGGCCUACAUCCCAGCUCCACUACGGAAGAAAAAAGCAGAGCGAGAAGAUUACAGAAAAAGCUGGAGUACUGCCACAUCACCACUAGGGGGAGAAAGGCCAUUCAGCCAACAUCAUCCUGAAACGAUAAAGGAGGAACAUGACUUACACUGUGGGGAAGAUGGAAUCAACCAGGAUACUCCAUGUGACUUGUACAGGCUGAAUGUAAAAUCUAGAGUCCAAAUGAUGCAAGCAGAAUGUGUGGAAAAGGUGUCAUCUCCUGUUAGUGACAUUCCAAAAAGCAUAGAGGAAGACAAAAAGCUUAAAAACCUUGAACAAGCUGGUAUUCGAGUUAGGUCUGCAUCAAAGCGAUACGGCAGCCAAAGGCCAUCUGUGGAAAACAGUGACGUUGCACCAGAUAUUGUACUCCGCAAAGAGAACGCUUUCCUGAUGUCUAGUGAUUCUGAAAAUGAAGAGGAAGACAGAGUCCCUGAUAUAGAGAGAGACGAUCUAGCUACAAGGAGAGCAAGAAUGAAUCAACCAAAACCCUCUGCACAAUUUAACCAUUAUAUUCAUGGCUCUUAUGUCAACAAAAAGACUACGCCACAGGAAGUAUCGUCAACUGCAUCUAGUGUUUCCUCCCAACAUACAACAGAUAAAAGUGAGACUGAUACCCAUCAAGAAGUUAGUCAAAUGGUUGUUUGCAAGGAAGAGAAACCUUUUGAGUCUGCACCCCAUGGUUCUGAUACAGAGGAGGAAGAAGAAAAAGUUCCGGAUAUUAAAAGAGAUGACCUGGCUAAACGCAAAACUCAGGGCACCGUCUCACAAAAGAAAGAUUCUCUGGUGUUUGUAACACCUUCAAUGACCAAAGCCGACAUGGAAAAAUGGCAGAGACUUAAGGUGUCUUCUGAAGAUAGUGAAACAGACAACCUGGUAACUAAACACCCAAUUGAUCAUGACACUACAUCUUCGAUUGAUGUGGCUAGGGCAGCUAAUGACGACUUUGGUAGACGUAAACUAUCAUUGCAAGAGAAAAGAGCCAGAAACAAACAGAAGUUUGUACACUUUGGACCUGUUACUGAGAUUGACCAGAAAAGAUGGGAUAGACUUUGUAUUGCCAAACCUGCCGAGGAAUCUGAAGAGGGUACAAAGGAACAAAGCGCCACUGAUGUGUUAUGUGUGAAGGCGAUUAUGUCAGAGACGACUCAGAGUUACCAUAAUGUGGAGAGCACAAUUACGGUGCCUUUCAUACAGAAAGACUCAAGGAUGGCUACAUCUGAUGUCAGUAGAGGAUUUAUUUCACCAGCGCCACCUGAAAGUGAAGAUGAUGGGCUGGUGCUGGAUACCCAGCGGGAUGACAUGCUGGCAAGGAGGACUGGUGUUUUCCAGAAGUUUACAAGGCUUAAUAAAGUGCCCCCAGUCUCCAGUGAUCAAAACUUACAAGAUAGUCCGACUGAACAGGUUGAAAGAGUUCAAGAGAUAAUACAGGAACAUAGUGAACAACUGAGUAGGUUGCUUUUAUCUGCCGCUGCAAGUAACAAUUUGAGUGGGAAAACAUCUGUUUCUACUGUGGAGAUGGACUCUCUGACAAAAACAAAAGCAUUUGCUGUGGAACAAAAUGGCAGUGAAGGAGACCUCACCGAGAAAGAAACUAGUGCACCAAAUCCAGAAAAGGACGAUAUGAUGUGUAGAAGGAUCUCCAUCAGUCAGAAGCCAGUUGGCAUAGGUCUCAGUCCUUUCCUUCCUAUUCCCUUUUCUGUGCAGCAAAAAGAAGUGGAUAAACCAAACACUUCCUCACUAAAGGAAAACAAAUUAAGUGCUGUCCCAUCAAGGUCUGUAGUGUCAAAUAAUCCUCCACACGCUCUUGAAAGUGUUAGGUGUGACAGUCCUACAAAGCCCCUCUACCAGAGCGAAACUGAAGAACAUGUUGACUUGAGAGAUGACCAGACUUACCUUGAGAUUCAUGACUCCGUUCAGACCAAUAGCGAGGGGAACACCAACUGUACACACCUAAAAACCCAACUUGAGGAAACUCUUGAAAUCUCUGACCAUGAAUUGAGAUUCAGCUCAAGAUCAGCUAUGUCUGAUGACACAGAGAGCGUUAGCAUGUGUGACAUGAGGUAUGAAGGAGAAGCCAUCUUGCUGCCCCACAGCAGGCUUCACCAAGAGCACUUGCAGAAUGUUAAUGACAUGCUGAAGGAAGAGGAUGACACCUGGCAGGAUGACCUUGCCCGGUGGAAGACUCGCAGGAGGAGUGCAUCACAGGACCUCUUAAAGAAAGAAGAGGAGCGUAAAAAAAUGGAAAGGUUGCUUAGUGGAGACUAUGACCUCUCUGAACGAAGGAAAAGCAUAAAGACAUACAAAGAAAUUGUGGAAGAAAAAGAACGUCGAGAGAAACAACUACAUGAAGCCUAUAAAAAUGCCAAGUCAAAAGCGGAAGCAGAGAAAAUAUUACAGAAAUAUAUAGAAAGGUUUACAAUAAGUGAAGCUGUUCUUGAACGGUUAGUGAUGCCAAAAAUCCUGGAAAGGAGUCAUUCGGUUGAGCCAAGCCUAUUAUCCUCUUCAGAGGAUCCAAACCCAUUGAAGUAUCUGAGGCAACAAUCAUUGCCAUCCUCAAAGUACACAGCAACUGUAGAAGCAACCAUAGCCUCCAAUAUGGACACAUUUGUGAAAGCAACACCAGAUCGAACAUCACCAAACAAAGGUUUAUCAAAGGCCGUGCCUAUGCUGACACCCAAGCCUUACUCUCAGCCGAAGAACACACAGCAGAUUCUCAAGACUUUUAAAGUAGAUGGUAAAAUAAGCAUGAACGGAGAAGCCUGUAAUGGGAUUGAAGAACAGAAGGAAAGUAUGAGAUUCUCUCAGCCGUUAUCUAGGUCACAGCGGUUUGAAGGGGUUGCCAGAGUUGAUGCAGCAAUUGAGGAGAUGAAGUUUAACUCUGCAACUUGUGUAGACCUUAACUCAUCUAGACCAAGCUUGCAGAAUUCAUUUAGUGAUUUAAAAAGUUUUUCUAAAGAAGCUAAUCACACAGCCCAAAGGGAAGAAAUAAAUUGCACUGGAAAAACAGAAAGAUUUCACUCAGAGCAGGAAUUAAAAAAAGUUAAUAAGCAGCCGCAUGAUGCAACCAAGGGUGGUGCUACUGUAACGAGUUUAGAGUUUACACCUUCUGCCCCUACGAAAGACCCUGCUGUAAAUGGAAAGGAAUUUGAAGAAAGGCAAAAAGUGGAUGCCCAAGCCCUGAUCAUGCAUUGGACAUUGGAACAAAAGGAAGGUGCAUUGCCCCAGUUCAGUGGAGUACCAGAAGAUGCCCAGAAAUUACCCCAAAGAAAUCAGUUGGUGGAGGCAGCGUGCAGUGAGGAUUUACCUGCUCCUGCAACCAGUGUGAAUUCGUCAAGUCGAUUUUGCUCCUGGGACCCAGAAGAGGAGCGUAAACGCCAAGAGAGAUGGCAGCAAGAGCAAGAAAGGCUGCUGCAGGAGCGGUAUCAGAAAGAACAGGAGAAACUGAAAGAAGAAUGGGAAAAGGCACAGAAAGAAGUUGAAGAGGAGGAACGUAAAUAUUAUGAGGAGGAGAGAAAAAUAAUUGAAGACACAGUCAUGCCAUUAACGGUGUCACCAACCUCAUGUGUGCUCUUAUAUGACUCUGAAAGGAUAGGGAAUUCUCAUUCAGUAACCAAAGAACAUGAACAGUCAGCCCAGGAAGACAACAGAGGAACGGAGCAGUCUGCAUUGUGGGCACAAGAGGGAGCACAUUGUGUAUCAGAAGAGCAAUUAAAGGGAAAAUUGAAUGUCAGUACGGUGGAAGUGGAUUCUGUAAUGAGGGUUAAGGAAAGUGAACCAGCAAAUGUUUCAUCAAUGAAAGAAUACAGCACUCCCAACAGAUUAACCUUGCAAUUAGCAGGUCAACAGGUAGCAUCAGCGGAAGCUCCAUUGCCUGGAGAUAUUGGGAAUACAGUUCAGCGAAAUAUUUCUCCUGUAGCCACAAGGGGUACGGAUUCACAGGAGAACAUCUGCGGAUCUGGGUACUCUUCACAACCUUCAUCCUCACAAUGCCCAUCUCCAAACAGGUAUAAAAGGUCUGUUAGUGGGAAGAAAUUGUGUUCCACAUGUGGCCUUCCUCUUGGCAAGGGAGCUGCAAUGAUAAUUGAAACCCUCAGUCUUUAUUUCCACAUUCAGUGCUUUAAGUGUGGGAUUUGUAAGGGACAACUGGGAGAUGCAACGACAGGAACAGACGUCAGAAUACGCAAUGGGUUAUUAAACUGCAAUGAUUGUUACAUGAAGUCCAGAACGGCCGGCCAUCCCACCCCUUUGUGACAUCAGCAAAUGAAGACUUCAGAGAAAAGAUGAUUCCACAAUACCAGACAAUCACGUUAAAGCUCUUAUCUGCAGAGGGCCUGGCGCUCAGCCCAUGAUAGGAUGUUAACAGGAAAUCAUGUCUGAUGCUUGCAAGCAAAGUCCAUGUUUUGCUUUAGAAAUAAUAUGGCAAAUUUUAUUUGCAAAGCACAUUUUGUAGAUGUUUAACAGUCGGCUUUUUUUAUGCCAAGGGCAGUGUGAUGCCCUUCCCCACAUCUAGAAAGGCUGCAUUAAAUGAUCCUGGGCUUGUGGUUUAUAUGCGAAGUACUGUGCCUCUAUAGUUUAAUGUUCAAAAUAAAGGUGCAAUAAAAUAUAUACUACUUGGUUUAUAGGGCUACAGCAUAGACAUGCUACCUGAACUGUAAUGAAAAAAUGAUAUAUAUUGCAUUCUUAUAAAUGUAACAUACAGCAUAGUUUUUACUUUGCUGUAUAACUUUUAUUAUGGAUAUGUCAAUUUGUGGCUAUGCAUUGCACCUUUACUUUUUCAUGAGCCUUUAUUUUUAAUAAUGUAACCAAAUAAUGCAGAUAUUAAUAAUUUAUCAUAUGUCUACACCUCUAUUAAGCUGUCUAUUCACUUCUGUACAGUAGUACUAUACAGCUAAAUGUAAAAGGUUAUUACACAAUAGUGUUGCUAUAGGCGGUGCCUGUUGUCUUUACACAUCUAAGCAUUUUGGUCUAAGAUUUUAAACAUAUGCCCCAGCACUUGAGUAAUCAUUUGUCAACUUGAAAUAUUACACAAAACUUCAGUCUAUUCUGUACCAGAGCUGUGUUUCUGCCCUGCUACAUAAAGUCAGUUCAUAGCUUGCUAGUGUUAAUUUCUUUGCUUUAGAUCAUGUCCUCCAGUAUAGUUCUUUAAACUGUGAAGGAUAGUUGCAUGCAAGCGUAAUUUAACCGGCUGCAUUUUGCAGUCCGACUAGUGAUUUUUGACACUAUUACAGCUAUUCAACAGAAGGGAUAAUUAUCAAAACAAUUCCUGGGAUUUCCACAUAGCUUUUUAGUUUUGUGUUUUCAUAAUGAACAAAAAUUAAGCUUUUUGGGAGGAACAUGUAGAGACAAUAGCCCCAUUCUGCAAAAAAUCUAAUUAAUCAGUCUGUAAUAAAAAAAAUCAAGAAUGAGCUAUUUUUCAGUAUGUUUUUUACUUGUAUUGUAAAUUACUCGCUGAAUAAAAAAUAUCAACAUACAGUGCAGUGGUACACACAGGCUACGCACAUAUCAAACAGGGUGAUUAGAACCAAUGCAUUGUGUUGGCCAAACAGACAAUUGGCUGAUUCCGAUGUUGCUGUUCCACAGCCUGCGUUCGUGUUUUGUUGCUUCACUAAAUUGUGUGAUCCCUUAUUUGCACAUUAUAGCAUUAAAGAAAAGCUGCGUUAGUGCACACACAACUCGCAAAGCAAGAAGUGCACAUAAGAGCCGUUCUAGUUUAGCGACUUUUAACGUGUAACUGAGUUUGUAUCAUGUCCAUGUUUUUCAGUGUGUUUGUAAAAGAAAAAAAUAUAUAUUUUGCUGCUGUAUAAGCAAUAAUAUUUUGAUAUGUCUUCUUAAGCUAGAAUCUAUUUAUUAAAGCACUAGUUUGUGGUUCUUUGCAUGUGUUUAGUAAUAGUUAGACAAGACCCAUUAUCAUGUAAUUACAUUUUUGUUUAUAUGUGAAACACUAACUGUAUAAUUGUAACAUAUAAAAAGGUGCCUUAAAUGCAAAGCUGUUGCACAGAGUUGUAGUAGUUAAUGCAAUAAAUAUACAAAUGACAAGUUAAAGAAUAUAGCUCUGUCAUUGAAUACAUUGAUUAGGUAAAUGCUCUUACAAGCACCAACAUCAAAUUAAUGUUUUUUCAUUGAAAGUGCUUUACAGAUGUGCUUGCAUGGUUUCCGUGUUAACGGUGAUGUUUACACUUUGCAUGGUGUCUAAAAAUGUAUUUUAUUUAAACAUUGCACAAGACAUGCACAAUAUAUAAAUAAGAUCACAUCAAUUUUAUAACUUUUUUUUUUUAACCUGGUGUCGGCAACAUCUGCAAUUUUGCAAAUACAGUUUGUAAAUUUGCUGACACAUCUAUCCAUUUCUUUAAUGAGGUUUAAUCUUUGUAUGUGCAUUAACAAAGAUCAAUUGUAGAAUGGGGCAUUUCCGGAAUACAGUGAUUUCACACUAUAGUCACCAGCAGAAAAUAAAUGUUUGCCAACUAUUUAUAACUGUCAGUAUUUUUGUCAGCAAAUCCUUUAAAACAAAUAUAACAGUGCAAUUAUUUUACCUACCAUUGGUGCAAAUGAUUUGCAGUUAAUAAAAGCAAAUGAGUGAUGUGCAGUACAGCACUCUAAUGUACCUGUAUGCUUUGAUUAAACAGGAUUGUAAGAUGCAAUGCCUUUUUUCUCACCUCAGUUUACAUUGGCUCACUGGGUAAUAUUUGAUUUUAUUAACCAUUUUGCUUCCAGAAGGGCUAGCAUGCAGUUGGUUUGCAGUCUUGUUUUUUCUAGCCCUAGUAAUUGUUGAUCUUUAUAUAUUGCAGAGUCUCGUUCUCUAGCGAUUACAUUUUGCAUAUGAUGUAGAAGCUGUUUUGGCCUCUAGCUUGUUUUUUAUAUUCUAUUUAGUGCUUUUUGUUUCAGUUUCAUACAUAAACAGCCCUAUGUUAUUGUGUUGGUGGUGAGGUAAUGUGGUUUUGUAACAUUCUUACUAUUUUAUCUCUAGAACAGGGCCUCCUGCUCUGCUAUGUGCUCUUUAAUGUUUCAUACAAAUAAUGUGAGACACUUAUCCAUUGUAUUUAUUCCAAAAUGCCUCUGGAAAGUAGAACAAAAUGUUUUUGAUGCAACAGCUUUUAUAGUAAAUGUAUGUUUAUAAAUAAAUAAAUAAAAUACUGGUUACAAAAA